CUGAAGCUAAAGUUGUCAUGUCAAUGUUGUCAUUCUAUAAUUGUCUUUGCUCUGCACUCAAUUGAUCGAACUUCUAUGUGCAUCUAAAUUCUGAACAACGAAAUAAUAAGAAAACAGUAUACUUAAAUUAAAACAAAGAUCAGUGUAUAUUAAUAACAUUACAAAGAUUGAAGAUGGGUGAACACAUGAAAACUAAUCCUGGCGAAUUUGCUGAAUACAUUCAAUCGAUCUUAAAAUUAAACGCACUAGAAAAAAUGACCAAUGAUUUGGAUAGAGAAUUGGAAGAUUCUCAAAAAAUAAUGAUGGAGAUAAAAUCUAUGUACGACUCUGUCUCUACAGUGCCCGGAAAUUACGAACAACCCGCUAAUAAUGAGAUGCGACAUGAGAACAUAUCGAAAUUCUUGGAAGCCGGGGCUCCUAAAUUAUUGAUGCCAGAUAUGGCUGAAGACAAUAUGGAUGUUGAUAUUGAUGAAGCAAUUUCCUCAUUGAAAGGCUACGCUGAGCGUCUAAAGCAGUCCUUAAUCGCGCUAGAGCAGCAACCUCCUAGGCCUGCAGGAAUGAUUGAUCUCAACUUGGAUCAGUAUGCACAGAGCUUGGAUCAGCUUGGCAAACGUUUGGCCAACAUGAAACUAAACAAAAAUGAUGAUGUGAAAUUGAAAAAUAUGGAACUUGAAGCUAAACUGCAGCAGCUUUGUAGCGAUGUUAAUAUGUUUACUAAGUUGGUUGACUCCAAGAAAACUUUGAGCGAGAGCAACCAGAACUGGACUGAAAGCAGGCAGGAUGGUUAUGAGUUGCAGUAUGACAAUAUUAUAAAGAAAUUGAUCUCUGAUCUGAAUGAAGUCUUAUAUUUGCUGCAAAACAAAGCUUAAAUUAUAUUGUUUCUUUUUUAUUAAGGAUCUCUUAUGUUUCUUGUUGUCAAAGCACAGCUUUUGGGUAGAGUAGGGUUUUAAACCCAUUUUUUAAUAUGACUCUGAUACUGUUUUUAUCUCCAAAAAUGUUAUAUUGAAUGUUUUUCAGGAAUUAUUGUUUUUUUAAAUAAAAAAUGCCAUAAUUGUAUGUCAUCUAAAUACUUUUUCGUAAUUUUUGUGUUACAGUCUGUACAAUUAUACUAAAAUAAUGCAUUGAAUAUGUUAUGUCUGUAUGUUAAAGUUAGGGUCCAGUGAAAUUUUUAUUCAAUUGUGAUUUUUCUAGAUAUAGUUUAGUAAGUAAGAUGUAUGUGUUGGCUGUAUGGCCAUGUAUCUUAAUAUUAUUAGUUUUAGUAAUGAAAUAAGUAAUCUCUUAUUGCAAAUAAAAAGUCAGUAUUUUUGUUUGUAUAAUUUAUUGUUAAUUUUGAAAUGAAUUAAUUUGAUUAGAACUCCAAAUUUCAGGUCUUUUGGUCCUAGAUAAAUAAUAAUGUCAUCUGUAAAAGUACAGAGAUCCAUUUAUAAUGUAUGUUGUAAAUGAGUAAAUUUUUAAAGUACAUAGUCAAAUAUGGUCUUACAUUCCAAAAUAAAGAGUCGAUUCAUAAGGGUGUAAAAUUGUUUCAGUAAAGUCAGUAAUAAAUAAGAACCUAAUUAAAAAAAUAUAAAUUAACAAAAAAGCUUGAAAUUAUCAUUGUCUUCCUAAGUUUAACAACAUUUACAACAGCUGCAUCAGAUCUGUACUUAUAAUUUGUGUUGUGUCAUCAGCUUGAGCUGGAGUCUUGUAAUUUAAUUCUUUUACGGUCAGUGUAUUGAUCUAUACCAUUCUCAUCAUCAACAUUAAUUUUAUCUUCUUUGGAUGGUCUCUCAUCUGCUUCUAGUACCUUCAGCCUAAUAUCACACAAAGUGGCCCCAUGGAGAGUCUUAAUGGCUUCCUGAGCAGCUCUUAUUGAUGCAUAUUUUGCAAAACCAAAUGUUUUGUUAGGGAAAGUAGACACAUCUAUGAGAUCACCAAAGCGGCAGAAGGCAUCUUUCAAUACCGAAACAGGAGGAGGAUGUGGUUUAAAAACCAGAAAACAUCUUUGGGCUACUCUGCUGUUUAUGUUGGCCAGUGGUUGUGGUGGAGGUAGGCUAACACUGCAGAAUUCUGAUUGACAAGAUUCCAAUUUUAAUUCUCUGGGACCUGAAGUAGCCUCUUUUAUCAAAGUUGAUGCUUGAGCAAUAGCCUCUGCAAGCUGUACAAGGUCAGGAUUUGUUGAGUCAAUCGCAUUUUUAAAGCUGUUUACAAUACUGGAUAGAUUAUUAGCUGCCUUGCUCAAGGGGUUAUCAUUGGGUUUUACAGAUAUGAUCUCUCCCGAAGGAAAUUCAAAAUUAUUUAAUCUAUCCACAGCAUGAGCAGCAGAUUUUUCGUCUUCAUAUGAAAUAAUGGCCUUGCAAUAACCAUUGAAGGAAUCAGAAGUGUAUUUACAAGAUGUCAUUCCUGGUAUAAUGUUAAAUAAUCUUUCUAGAAACUUCUGUGGCACUUGUGGGCUACAUGUUACACUAACUGUGUCAUAGUUGUGAGGUUUUGUCCUGAUCAGUGAAGUCAAACUAUCUCUUUUGACUAUUUCUCCUCUAGGCUGACUAUAGUGGUCACUGAAAUUUUCUUUUAUAAUACUAGAGUUGCUUGAGUGAAAAUUCUCAGUGAAAUUUUCAAUGCUAUUCCUACUUCUUUUUAGUUCUUCUUUAGGUGUUGCAAAUAUAGCUUUAUAUUUCCUAUCACAUUCUUCGAAUGCCUUGGCUGCAUCAAGAAAUGUGUUAUAAUUGACAUAAGCAAAACCUCUACACUCGUCAGUAAGUUUGUCUCUCUGAAGAUGAAUUGAUUCUACAUGACCAAAUGCUGAGAAGUGUAGUCUUAGCUCACCCUCAGUCACCUCUUUAUGUACUUUUAUAAAGAGACGCUUGUACUUGUCCUCAUUAGUAUUAUGGUUGUCAUUCUUAUGAGUGGCAACCAUAACUCGUAUAGGUUUGUUACUAUUCUGAAUAGUUUUUAAGUGCAUCUCCUUAAUUGCCAUUGCUGCAGAUGAUGUCUUAGUGUACUUAAUGUAUGCGAUGCCCUUGGACUCCCCAGUGUUACGAUCCCUGGGCAUAUGUAUGUCUUCUAUUUGUCCGAAUGCCUCGAAGGCCGGCUUCAAGUCUUCUACACGUAACUGCUUGUUACAGACUACGAAUAUUCUCGAGUAAGGUGGUUUAUCGUCAUUCCGGUCGUCAUUUCGGAUGGUACUUUGAUUCCAAUUAUUCAUGAUCACAGUCUAACGGUAAAUUAGAUCAGUAACUACGAGUUUGUCAAUGAAGUCGAUGUUACAAGCAGUCUGAAAUAAGUAGUCUCACGUUAGUCUGUUAUUUGGUCUGCAUGUCCAGUUUAUACUCUCCAAUAAUUGGUAAAUAAACAAAUAUUCAUAAUAAUCACGAAACACAAAAGAAAACUAAAAAAAGUUCAUUCACCUCAUUGUUAUUUUACGGAGACAGGAA